UCUCUCUUCUCCCAUCGUUUCCAUUUCUUGCUAACUUUCGAUUUUGCGUCUUCCUUGAUUCCCAAGUCAGUGGUAAGGGUUUUUCCUUAUUCUUUUUGUGGCUCAAUUUGCUGCGUGCGAUGAAGAUCGAGGAAUUGGACGAUGCGGAGUGUAGUAGGGAUGAAGAAGAGGAGAAGUACGAGAGGCAGAUUGUGAGGGUUGAUGCAAAGAGAGCGUUGGUCGGAGCAGGUGCACGGAUCCUGUUUUAUCCGACACUUUUGUAUAAUGUGCUUCGUAACAAGAUUGAAGCUGAGUUCAGGUGGUGGGAUCAAGUUGAUGAGUUUUUAUUGUUGGGCGCAGUCCCGUUCCCCAAACAUGUUCCUCACUUGAAGGAGCUUGGUGUGGGUGGUGUAAUUACUCUGAAUGAACCCUAUGAAACUUUGGUGCAAUCGUCAUUGUAUCAUGCUCAUGGAAUUGAACAUUUGGUAAUUCCCACAAGGGAUUAUCUGUUUGCCCCCUCAUUUGUGGAUAUCAGCCGGGCUGUGCAGUUCAUUCAUCAGAAUGCAACUUGCGGCAAAACUACUUAUGUUCACUGUAAAGCUGGGCGGGGGAGGAGUACGACAGUUGUGCUUUGUUAUCUGGUUGAAUACAAGCACAUGACACCUGCUGCUGCCCUGGAAUAUGUGCGUUCUCAAAGACCUAGAGUUCUACUAGCACCGUCACAAUGGAAGGCUGUUCAAGACUAUAACAAGCGCAGAACUUCUCCUUUACCACACUCUCCCUCUGCGGACACAGUUCUUAUAACCAAAGAUGAUCUUGAAGGCUAUCAUAGCACAUGCGAUGCUAGUAUGGAGCUGGCCAUUGUUCCUAAAGUGCAAAAGACUAAGCCCAUGAUAGCAAGACUAUCUUGCCUGUUUGCAUCCUUAAAAGUAUCGGGUAGUUGUGUACCAGAGGCAAGGCGGCUGCCAGUUUCUGAGUCACGUGCUUGCUAAGUCAGCUUGACAUGUUCAUGUCAUGUCAAGCAGGUGGCCUGUACAGAAGAUGAUCAUGGAAAUAAGUGAAGUUUGAUAAUUUCCCACAGGGUCGGUACAAUUGUGUUACAUGAAGAGAGGAUUUAUAGAUAGGAGCGAAGAUUUCUCCAAUGUUGUGUUACAGGUUCAGAGGAACAUGUUAGUAGUUCUCUUGUACAUAUAAAUGCCUUUUGCAUGUUUUCUUAAUCCAAGUGAAAUCCUCGUGCAAGUUAUGAAUUCAACAGAAAUUGUCAGGUGGUGUCUGAACUGUUACUCGUCUUUACUGGUAACAAAACCGUAGCCAAUUUCAUUGCACUUUGACUAAUUUGCACCCCGAAACUCAGCAGGCUGUUGCAGAUUCUGUCUACUGCUUCAGUUUCUUUUGACUAGGAAGAGACAUCGGAAAGGGUUCCUCAUUGUCAUCAGUCCGAAUAAACCAAGUAAAGCAGGUUACUAAUAUGUCAAUGCUCUUCCCUGUCAAAAGAUAGAUCACUUUCUCUAAUGCACCGGUUUCGCUAGGAAUUCAUCUAAAGGCUUGGGUUUGGGCAUUAAGUUUAGAAGGCAGCAACCACAAUGGUGG